CGUUAGCGGUCUCGUUCUACCAACGGUUGCUAUUGCUGUGAUGCUAGUGGGACGCGAUGCGCGUGCCCCAGUCCCGGUUUGCGCGCUCACCUCCUUGGUCUGUAAGCGCAGUCACCGCGCGGGGCGGCCGCCCGUGAGGUAGCUCUCACGGCUUGUGACAACGAAUAAAACUCCCAGACAGCGGCGCCCUCAGCGACAGCUGGGUAGCCCGGGCCGGGAGCGGCGGCCAGUGCGCUGCCUUGCGGAGCGAGUGGCGGAGACGUCUCCGGCCUGGUUCCGCGGGCGCGACAUGAGCCUGGUCUGGGCUGCGCGGGAUGCUCCUUGAACCCGUUCUCCGGCUGUUACUUCCGGGGACGAUUGUGGCCGCAGCAGCACGUAUUUUCCAAAUAUAUCUUUGUUAAUUCGCGGCGGCGGCGGGGCCGAACACCUUCCUUUAUUUUUAAUAUCAUAAACAAGCAUCUGCCCUGCAUUUAUCCAGUGAAACAACUUGCUAGAAGAACCUGUACUGCCCUCAAAAUAUAGAAGAAUUCAAUACAGGAAAGAGAGACAGCAGCAAAUGAAGACUAUAAAAGAAAAGGAGAAAGAAUGCCAAAGAUUAAGAAAACCUGCCAGGACUAGGCGAGUAACCCAGAGGAAGCUGUCUUCAGGGCCUGUUUGCCGGCUGUGCCUCCAAGAACCUGGGGAUCCCGAAAAAUUAGGAGAAUUUCUUCAGAAAGACAAUCUUAGUGUCCAUUAUUUCUGUCUUAUCCUGUCUAGCAAGCUGCUUCAGAGGGGUCAAUCCAACAGAGGUUUCCAUGGAUUCCUGCCUGAAGACAUCAAAAAAGAGGCAGCCCGGGCUUCUAGGAAGCUCUGCUUUGUGUGCAAGAAAAAAGGAGCUGCUAUCAACUGCCAGAAGGAUCAGUGCACUAGAAACUUCCAUCUGCCUUGUGGCCAAGAAAUGGGUUGCCUUUCGCAAUUUUUUGGAGAGUACAAAUCAUUUUGUGGAAAACAUCGCCCAUCCCAGGACAUCCAGCAGGGGAAAGUGGAGGAAGAAAGCUGUGUCUUGUGUUGCGAAGACUUAUCCCAAUCAAGUGUUGAGAACAUACAGAGCCCUUGUUGUAGUCAAGCUAUCUACCACCGCAAAUGCAUUCAGAAAUAUGCCCAUACAUCAGCAAAGCAUUUCUUCAAAUGUCCCCAGUGCAAUAAUCGAGAAGAGUUUCCUGAAGAGAUGCUAAGAAUGGGAAUUCACAUUCCAGACAGAGAUGCUGCCUGGGAACUCGAGCCAGGGGCUUUCUCAGAGUUGUACCAGCGCUAUCAGCAUUGUGAUGCCCCCACCUGUUUGUACGAACAAGGCAGAGACAGCUUUGAGGAUGAAGGGAGUUGGAGCCUCAUUCUGUGUGCUACAUGUGGAUCCCAUGGAACCCACAGGGACUGCUCCUUUCUUAGAUCCAACAGAAAGAAAUGGGAAUGUGAAGCGUGUUCAUCUUCUGCUUCCACUCGCAGACGACAUAUUUGAAAAUUCAAGAGACAUCCCCUCCUGCAGCAACGCUUUACAUGUCCAGGAGCAUUUCUGCAGAGACACCAGCCUGGAAGAAAAUCCAGGUCCUUCUUGGACCAACUGGCCAGGAACUUCCUUAGUAGAAAACCCAGAGUCCUCUGGUAGCAGAAGUGGCCACUCCUGACAGGCCAAGGGUGUCAAAAUCACUAAGAGCUGCAAAAAAUCCAAAUAACAGCUUCUGAGUAGUUUCUACCGAGCAUACAUUGUGUGUGAAGCGGCGCUGCUCCGUGUGAAGUUUGAGGGAAGGAGCACUUUGGGCCACUGAGACAAGGAAAGGGGCCAGUACUGAGAUUAUGAGCCAAGAAAAAGAAGUCCCAGGGGAGCAUGAAGAGCGCGCAGAGUCCAGAUGCCAGCAGUUGAAUAUGUUUGUGGCUAUGAGAAUGCCUCUGCUCUUUCUCCCCAACUCAUUCCCCUCUUCUUCCACCGGAUUUUUCCACCUUAAUCUGGUUCUCACAUGCCUCCUCUUCACUCAUGGUUGUUAUUAUGCAAAUAAAGGUUUUCUCUCCAC